GUUUGAGUCAAACGUCACAUCAGCUGCAAGAAGAAAGAUAGUACAUCAGAAGCCAAAUCAAAUUCUAGGGGGUGAAGCCAGAGCCUUUCCACCAUUUUCCUGAUCAGCAAAAAGGCAUAGUGUGAACAGGAGCAUGCAACAGAGUCCUAAACAUGGACAGAACCCAAAAGCAAGAAUAGCUUCCUUGUAAACUCCCCUGGGCCUUUCCUGGAAAAUGUUAUGAGAUAUAAGAAAGGGAGCAAAAGAAAAGUUGAAUUCUAGCUCUUAAUGACUCAAGUUCCUACAUGUCUUGAAGACCAGAAUAAGAAAACAAGGGAAGUGAAAACCUUCAGUUGUGUUUCCAAAAUGAAUUAUUUCCUGUUUAUUUUCACCACUUUCUUAGUUAUUCUACUUGUUAACAAUGGCAAUCCAAUACAGCUGACAUUGCUUGGACCACAUCACCCAAUCACUGCCUCUCUGAGAGAGACGAUUGUGCUACACUGUCAUCUGUCCCCCAGAACAAAUGUCCAGAAUAUGGAGAUUACUUGGUUCCGCUCCCAAAAUUCUUCCUAUGUACACCUUUAUCGCAGUGGCAAAGAUCAUCUGGAACAGCAGCAGCCAGAAUACCAAGGAAGAACAGAAUUUCUAAAAGAUGGCAUUGGGGAUGGAAAGAUUGGGUUGAAGAUUUUUAACAUUAGCCUAUUUGAUGAGGGACACUACCACUGCUCUGUUAAGAAUGGGAGUUUCCAACAGGAAGCCACAUUAGAUAUGAAAGUGACUGCAUUAGGGCCUGCUCCUCUCCUUUCCAUUGAAGGUUAUCAGGACAGAGGGAUCCGAGUGGUUUGUCGCUCCAGUGGCUGGUAUCCAAAGCCUGAAGUCCUGUGGAGAGAGCUCAAUGGGAGACUUCUAUCUUCGUUGGCAAAAAAAGAUUCACAAAGAAAUGAUGGGACGUUCGAUGUACAAGCUGACAUCAUUCUAAAAGGAAGUUCAAACUUGACUUGUGUCAUUAGAAACAGCCUCCUUGAUCUGGAAAAGGAGUCAACCAUCCACAUAACAAAUCACUUCUUCCCCAAAAUAUCAUCCUGGAUAGUAGCUCUAUGUUUUUCCCUAAUGGCUGUGGUUGGAUUCGCUAUAUUUACUUUUUACCUACUGAACAAAUACAGAAAGCUGGUCACUGAACUGAAUUGGAGGAACAUGGUGAUACCAAUCGAAAAAGCAAACAUAGUUCUGGAUCCAGAAACGGCCAGCCAUGAACUGAUCCUGUCUGGAGACCAGAAAACUGUCAUACAGGGAUUCAUGUGGCAGAGCCUACCAUACAGUCCUAAAAGAUUUAAUAUGGAGCGCUGUGUCCUGGGAAAGGAGGGAUUUUCCUCCGGGAAGCAUUAUUGGGAAGUAGAAGUUGGAGAGGAUGGGUAUUGGGCCUUGGGGGUGGCUAGAAAUUCCAUGAAGAAAGGGAAGCUCAUCCUUGUCCCAGAAGAAGGAAUCUGGGCAGUGGGAAAAGACCGGAUCCAAUACAAAGCUCUUACCCUACCCAAGACCCCUCUGACUCUGAAGAAAAAGCCCAGGAAACUGGGAGUUUACUUGGAUUAUGAGAUGGAACUAGUUGCCUUUCAUGACGUCAAUCACCAAAAGCAUAUAUUCACCUUCUUCUCUGCUGCAUUCGAUGGGGAAGUGGUCUUCCCCUUCUUAUAUGUAGGGGUAGGAUGCUGGCUUAGACUGUGUCCUUGAUGACUUUCCUUUAAGAGAGGUUCAAUCAGAAAAUUGAAUGCAGUAGUUCAUAUUAUAUGGCACUAGACAGAGACAGGUAGUUCAUUUUCCAUAUCACGCAAGGGCUGUAGAUUGUCAUAUAGGGAUCACUUCUUCUUACUGCAGCUUUACAGUCAUGGAAAGGGAGAAACUUGUGAGGUCUUGACUAGGCAGAAGGAUGUCACUCACCUCAAGCAAGAAAAAGUUGGAGGCCAGCCUUUUCUAUAUUUUACUUACCUGCUGCUGAUUUACCUCAAGUUGUUUCCUCUAUUUGACCCCCACAAAGUAGAUCAGGAAUGGAGAAACAACCUUGGAGCGAUAGGCUAAGGUGGUACAUAUGUGUUAUUAUGUGUAUUAAGUGAGGGGGGCAACAUUUUUGGCAGUCAGGGAUUAUACUCUAAAAAUAUAUUUUUUUCCUAGCUUCUAUGAGAAUGACAUCUUAGGUCGAAUAUGGUAGUGACAUAGUAAGGAGUGAGGGCUAAAAUGUUACGCCUUUAUUUUUAUUUUUUCAGGUUUGCUUUUAAAAUAGAAUACUGUAUUAAUGCAAUGGGAGGCUUAAUGCACCUACCCUGUGGCUUGUGAUUUUGUUUUUUUAAUAAAAAUAUAAAAAUCUUGUUCUUAUAAUUCAGCAAACUAGUGGUUUGUUUUACAUCAUUAACGUUGAAUGGUCGCUAAACAAGGCAGUUGGUAAGCAAGGACUACCUGCACUGAAAUGACAGAAUAAUUGCAUGCAUGCAAGCACAUUGCCACGAGGCAGAAAAUGUUCCUCCUCUCAAACAACUCCAUCUUUUGGGCACUCCUUCUGUUAAUGCCCCUUACCCUGCCCCAAGCUGGAGCUGAAUGACAGCAGGAAACUAUAUGAUUUACAUCCUGAGUGCUGUUUUAGAGAAAAACAAGAUUAAGCUUCAAGAGGAAAGGGGUAUUCAUAGAAUGUUUUUUUAUCCGAUGAGUUGUGUCCUCCAAGGAGAAUGUGAAGCAAUAUGGUGAUGAAGUUCAAAAUGGAAUUUUUCUCCACAAUUUUUAAAAGCAAGGGACUUCUGCGGAAGAAAUGGUGAAUUGAAGUUGGCUUCGUUUUCAGCAACGACUGCGGUAGAAUAAAGAGCCAGUGAGUAGACCAGUUCUUCGUACUUCCUCUCUGGACAAAGAAUGGAUUUGAGAUAGCCCACAAGUGCUCCGUACAAUUGCUUCUUGUGAGAAGGCUGCAAGACAACAGUCUCUGGAGUGUUAGAGCUGUGGGAGAUGCAGAAAAGCCAGUUUUGCUCAAACUGUGGUCAUUGCCUUUAAAAGAACAGUGGGUUUGCAUUGUUCCUUUUCAAUUACUUUUGGAAAUUGUUAACUGCUUUGUUGGGGGCAAUAUGCUGGCCCUGUAAACUGUUUAGAGAGGGCUGUAAAGCAGUGUAAAGCGCUAUAUAAGUCUAAAUGCUAUUAGGAACCUUUGGAUCAGCAGGUUUUAUAGCAUUGGGUGAGUUUCCUUCAAUCCUUAGAGAAAGUAGUUUUAAAUACAAGCCUAAGAAUUAAGUAUUUUGGAAUAAAAAAAGGGGGGGGGGUGACUGGAACUUUGAUUUAGGAAAGUUACAAAUUGACUAAGGGUUCGGAAUGUUUAGAAAUAAGAUUUUGGAAUUAAUUAUAAGAAUUCUUCCUGUUGGAAAAUGCUUUUUAAAUUCUCUUAAAAACAUGAUAAACCAAUAACAAAAUAGAAGAGUCACCUGAAUAACUUUUCUAUAUUGAAUUUACAAAAGACUUAUUAAAGUUUUGAAAAAUUUUAUGAAAAGGGAGAAAAUAAAAAUUAAAAGAAAUCAACUUCUAGGACAUUGUUUGACAGGACUAAAGAUGGAGAUUGUUAAAAGGAAGUUGGUUUAUUUGAUCAAGAUUAAAACAGAUUAUUAUUAUUAUCUCUGGUAACCUUUAAUGAACUUAUGCUGAUCAAGACUGAAAGAUGAGACAUUAAAGAACUUGUUUAUAGAUAAGAUAUAGGAAGAAGAGAGCACUUGCUAUAUUUUAAGGGACGAUGAUAAGUUGUUAAAAUUGUUCAUACUUGUGAUGAAGGAGGAAGCCACUUCUUUAUUUAUCUUUAUUAUAUAUUUUUUCUUUUCUUUUCAAUCUAAUUUUUUCUUUUUUUUUUACAUAUUCCUUAAAUAUAUGCUUAUUUUUUUCUUUUCAAUAUUUUUAUUUUUUCCUUUUCUGCACUUCGUAUUUUUCUUAAUUCAUUUCUUUUAAUUUGUAUCAUUUUAAUUUCUAAUAAAUUUAUUACUUUUUUUAAAGCUAGCUACAAGGAGACUUAUAUACACCCACAUAGGAAUGGAAAAUAGGUCACAAAAGAUUGUUGCUAUUUCAGUUGUUCCUCUCUUUGUUGACUUUUUAAGAAAUAAUAAAUUAAUAACUCAAAGAGAAAA